UAGCUAAAGGCUGCUGCAGUUAUCCGUGUUAACUUACAGGUGUUUGUUUUGUUUUAAUGGGGCUAAAAACGCUACGUAUCAUUUAGUUUUUUUUAAUAAUUCUCACCACGAGAAAUAUAACCACGAGUAUCACCACGAGUUAAUAUAAAAAAUAAGACUGACGUCAUAGUUUAGGUGUAACUUGUGACAGGUGAAGAUGAGGACCAUAACUUCAGCCAGGGGCCACGAGGAAACUGUGACCGUCAGAAGGAGCGAGUCGGCGGAUGCUCAGGGGAUCGACGGCCUCAUCGGCGCCUCGGCUCUGGCGGUUUUUGGACGGGUCAAUAUAAUUCAUCUUCUAGAGAAAGCCAAUCUGGCCGUGACUCUGGCCAAUGAGAAGGAUGACAUUCUGGGCCACGCUUCCUUCUUCGAUCACCCCAUCGGACACGUGGUGGAUCAGACUCAAUGGGAACCUUUCCUGCACAAACACUUCAGCGCUGAAACAUGCACACCGUUGAACACACUCUUCCUCCACAUCUUCGUGGCACAGCUGGAUUUUGCCGCAGCAAGUGUAAAGGAAAUAAUGAGGGCCGUCUUUAACGCCAUCGCAGAGCUUGAAAACAUCUGCCUGGUCAGCCCGUACGUCGGACGUUUAGAGCCAGCGCUUGGUGAGGUGUUUGAGCCGCUGCAGCGUCUGACGGACCGCGGGCCUCGCUGCUUAGCAUUCAUCUGCCACAGACCAGAGCACUGUCCAAAGCUCCACGCCCGCCCGGCCAGGGUUGAAGAUCACGAUAACAUCAUGCGCAUAUUUGCAGAGCAGGCGAAACUUCUGUCAGUCAUCGACCGGCCGUACUUCCUGGCGGAGCUCGUCGAGGCGCAGAACGAGAAGAAUCACGUCGCAGUUUGUGAGAGUGACGGCGUCACCGUCGGCUUCAUCAGUUUCACGUCUGACGUCGAUGUGAAACUGCUGAACGGCAACUUUGAGUUGAGUGAGUUCGAUGGUUUGUACAAACGCGCCGAACCUGCAGCUCAGUCCGACUCGAGGGAAAGCCAGACCUCCGAUCCACAGCAGGAGGAAACACAGAAAUCCAACGCUGUCUGCAUUCAGUACUUCAUCAUUGACAAGAAUUAUGAAACGAGAUCAGUGGACUUUAUUCCAUAUAUAUUCAACCUCUUCCCUGACCUGGACUUGUGCAUCAUCUCUGUACCGUUACCGUCCUCUGAGAUCCCGUUGCUGCAGAGCUUCCUCAGACUGCCGCCUCGCGCCUCCAGCUCGCUGCCCCGUGAGCUCUACGUCCUCCACCGCGACGGGCUCAGGAGUGUGGAGGUGAGGCCGGCCGUGGCUGCAGACCGGCCGGCCGUCUCCGAUAUGGUGAAGGACCUGAGACUCAGCGAGUCCCUGCUGCGGGACCUGGACCGCUUCUAUGAGACCCGCAGAGACCCGGACGGCGCGGCGCUGCAGGCCUUCGUGGCCCAGCUGCAGAGUCAGGUUGUGGGGGUACUGAUCCUCAGAGAUGAACAGGACAUCAAGUACAUCUGCGCCCACUACAACAUCGAGAACUUCAUCUAUUUCAGCCAUCACCGCCUCGAGGAGCACGCUCAGAUACGCCACUUUGUCCUCAAACGCUCCUUCCAGCACUUCAGCAAACACUUGUUUAAGGAGGCGCUCCGGCUGGCUCGCAGGUCCUGCCUGUUCCUCAGGAUCUACCCCUCGUACCACAGCCAGGAGAAUUCCUGCGUCCACCAUCUGGAUUCUGUCCUCGGCUGUGCGGUCCCCGUCCGCCCGCGACGCCAGAUCAUCUACCCGCUGGAGGAGCUUGGCAUCAACGGCCCAUCCAGGCAGAUCACCGAGGACCAGGCUCCGUUUGCUCUCAGCCUCAUCAGCAGGAAGUUAACCAUGGAGCCCAAAGUCUCCGUUCAGGCCAGGAUCGUGGUGGUCGGGGCGUCGGACACGGGUUUGUCUUUCCUCGAGGUGCUUUGUUUCUGGUGA